AUGUCCCGACCAGAUAUCUUCUACCAACCUCCAAAAGGGGAAAACUCUGGGCUUCCUCAUGACCCUUUCAAAUCUUUCGUUAUUCCCCGUCCAAUAGGCUGGAUUUCCACAACCUCUCAAAGCGGUCAAGAUAAUCUCGCGCCAUACUCACAGUUCAACAAUGUAUCCUUUGAUCCUCCAACUAUCAUGUUCAUUGCUCACCAAUCCGUCUACAAACAACGAAGUAAAGAUUCCGUUAAUAAUGCUAAAGACACUGGGGAAUUUGUUUGGAACAUGGCUACCUACGAUCUUCGCGAUUCGGUCAAUGCCUCUUCUCUCGAAUCAUGGGAUGACGAAUUUCCCCUCGCAAAAGUAACAAAAGUCCCCAGUAAAGUAGUCAAACCCCCCCGCGUAGCCGAGGCUCCGGUUCAAUUUGAAUGUAAAGUCCAUUCUAUCAUUCGAAUCGACGGGGACUCCUUGGUGGGUCACAGUGAUAUUGUGAUUGGACGAGUGGUGGGAAUUCACAUCAAGGGUGAUUUCAUUACAGGUGAUGGGCUUUUUGAUGUUCUGAAAGCGGCUCCACUGGCAAGACUCGGUUAUCAGCAGUAUACGGCGGUUAACAAUAUCUUCGAGAUGCAGAUGCCCGGUAUGCCCGAUGAUCAUGUUAGUGGUAACAUAUUGGGAGGUGUAGUUCCCAAGUAUAUUGAUGAAAAAGAGGUGGUGAAGAAUGGCAGUGAAGUGAAGAAGACGACAGAAUUGAAUUAG